AUAGGCGCCACCUGAUUCUGUUAUCCCGGAUGGACUGGAGAAGACUGUUCCAAGUUUCAUUGCCAGGACUUGCAUAACUGUUCUGGUAAAGGUGAAUGCAUGGGUCCUAAUGUCUGCAGAUGUUACCCUGGUUAUCUGGGUCGUGGCUGCACUUACUCAUUUUGUGGAAAGUACGAAAGCUGUGCUGAUUGCGUGACAGACCCAUCAUGCGGAUGGUGUGACAGCUUGAGGUCCUGCCUUGGAGGAGUUGCUGAAGGACCUCCAAAGAUAGAAUGUCCCGAUUGGUUCUAUUACCACUGUUACACGGUGGAAGACGGAGAAUGUUCAUGGCAAAUAAUGAGGGUAAAAUGUAAAGGAAAGUACUGUAACUACAAAGACGGAAGAGCAACUAUUGAGUCCUGUCAAAAAUGCCGAGACCUAGAAAAAUGCCACAAACUCACAGAAGGGGGCCAGUGCAAGGCUUGGAAUGAGACACACUGUCCCGGUGGGAAAGUGAAAGUGGAUUACACUGAUCCCGAAAGGAGAAACAACGUGGAACUGGCUGAAAAUGUGAAAUUAGUCGAGCCUAAGGAUACUAUCAUUUAUGCAUGUCCAGUGAUUAUGGCGAAACAUGAUGAAUUGUCGCUCAUUCUUGUUGCCCCUAACGUUCUGGGCAUCCAAGCUGGCGACAUAGUUUCCAGUCCACAAGCAGGAGGUAUUCUGCACAAGAUUGUGAAAGAAGUCAAUGAUGGCCCAUUGAAAUUGAUGUUGAGUGCUCCGGCUGGAUUGGAAGAAGUCAUCAAGUAUGCGGACUUCAAGGGUGAGAUGUCUCCAGAACAAUUGGACGAUGAAUCAACUAUGGAGGAUGAACCAGAUGUAGAGGACCUGGAUGAUCUAAUUUCAGGCAAAGUUAACUCCACCGAGAGCCGGAUAAUUAUCCUUUUACCUGGAAUAUAUAAGUGCCUUGGACACACGUAUGACAUUGGAAGCACCUUCAUCUACUCUUACUACUUGGCGAUAGAGAAAAACAACACCAUCCCUAAGGCAGGUGACAUAGUUGUGUCAAAUACUAGCGAUGGUUUCAUUGAGAGUGUUAUUGAAGUUCAUAGAACAGACGAUACCGAUUACCUGGAAACGAAACUUCAGAGAUGCGACAAGAAAACUCACUUAGAUGGCGCAAGAUUGCAAGAAAGUAAACAAAGAUUUUAUGGGUCAGUAUUUUGUAGCGGAGGAGACAACAAUCCAGGACUCGUGUUUUCAGAAUCAGACAAACGGGCCGGGCUUUUCUCCCAUGGUGAUUUGAUAACUGGGAGACCAAGUAAAGGCUUAAUCGCUAAGGUUAUAGACACGCAUUCUAGCGGAGAUUUUCUUCUUUUGGAGGUAGUCACUGCAAAACUGGAUGAAAAUAGAACCAUUGUAACGGAAGCGGAUACAAAUUUGCUACAAAAACAUCGCAGACGAACAAGGCGCUCAACAGAAAACGUGGACUUGGUAAAUUUUCAACCGGAAAGGAUAGAUCACAAGCUUCUAUCCACUGGAGGGGCAACACUCAGAAUGUCUUUGUUCAUGAAUCUACGUCUGAGCGUGUUCGUCUCGAUUGAGAAAAAAUUUUUUGGAGUGGGAUUAAAGGAUGCGUCUGUUGGUCUAGAGUUGGAGGGAAGUCUGCAAUUCUCUUUGCAGUUCAGUCUAAAUGGGGAGCUAAGAUAUUCAGGAAAUCUUCGCGCGAUAAAGGAUAAACAGCUUGGUCGUUCCAAGUACCUUCGCUUUGGAAUGAUAAAAAUUCCUGUUGGAAUUUUCUUGGCUUUGACAGGGCAGGCAUCCGCUGGAAUAUCCGGAACAAUUACCCGCUCAUUAUCCAUCAACGGGGGCAUAUCACUUGGAGGUGAAUGCCGUUGGAGCGAAGGAAGCUGCUACAAGACUGACGAUACAAUCAGUCUGACAUCAAACUGGAACAGCCCGAGACCAGAGUUGGAAAUUGGAGCAAAUGUGGACAUCACUGUAACACCCACAGUCUCCUUAAAAGUGCCAGCAUUACCCAAAAGGCUCUCUCAGCCUUCCAAGUCAAAACCUCUUAAUGUGCUAGCUAAGCUGGUGAAUGCUAUAGCUGAUUUAAUUCCGGACGUUUCUUUGUCACUAUUCGUGAGUACACCUCUGAAAGCUGGAAUUUCUCUAAUUUAUCCCUCAAGUCUAUGCCAAGGUGAAACACCAGCUGAGCUAGACAGCUACUACGGAAUUUCCGACCUGAUCUUUGGCGUUUCUGUUAACUUUAUUGAAAAAAAGUUGAUGCUGUCAUAUAAUACUGGAUUCAGUUUAAUGUCGACAUCUGGUUGCACCAAAAUACCAGGACCUCCAUGUGGAAAGGGGCCAGUCUGCGUUGGAAGGCGGAUGGGACCAGAAUGCAACCAGCCUGAUAUGUGGCCGUUUCGGGACUGUUCGGGUAACGGAGAACCUAUUUUGACCGGGGGCUGUGGUGCACUUUGUAGCUGUUUCGGGGGAUGGAGGGGUGAAUAUUGUGAAAGAAUAACUGCAAAUGGCGGAGGUGAUCCACACCUGAAAACAUUGGAUGGUGUAGACUUCGACUUUUUCGGAAUUGGUGAGUUCUGGGGUUGUAAAAGUGUUAAGAACGGUUUUGGUCUUCAAUUCCGUUUUUAUUACUACGAGCGAGCCUCACUAAUUGGUGGAAUUGCUCUCAAAGCUGGCAGAAGCGUUGUAACGAUUAUGACGGUCAAGACUGAGAAUGUUCAAGAUCUGCCCAUGACCAGAAUCGAUGGAAGAGAAAUCAAUGCCACCACUAAUUCAUCAGAGCCUAUUGAAAUAAGUAAUGGUACAGUGUUAAUGGAUCGUCAAAGACGUUUUUCGUUUGAGGCUGAAGAGAACAGCGUUGUUUUGAUUUCUCUUCAGUAUGAUGCAGGUGUAACAGUAACCAUCGACGUCCGUCAUAGUCGAGUGAUGAAGAGACAGUAUUUGAAUAUUCUCUAUUCCCCAACUGCUGCUUACAAAGGUCAUACGGAGGGACUCUGUGGCUUCAUGGAUAACAAUGCCACUAACGACUUUAGAGGACCCGACGCAACUCUUUACUAUAACGCCAUUCAAUUCGCUGAAUCGUGGCGGAUAACGGAUUGUCACGAUGGCUCAGGCACAAGAGACGCCUGGUCAUGGAACUCAUCGAACUUUUAUUACGAUGACAUUAUGGACAUAACGUAUACAGAUCCAUCCUACAUCCCUAAGUAUUCCCUGGACGGAAUUUCCCAGCCUCUAUUACAGAUUGCGACAAGCAUGUGCAAAUCCUUGAACAUUUCUGAUAACGAUCUACAAAGCUGCAUAUUUGAAGUCGCCAUGACCAACGACACGACGUUCACUGAUCAGGAAAUCUUUAAACGAGACUGUCCGGACCAAUGUUCAGGCAAAGGAAGAUGUAUCAAUGGAACAUGUCAAUGUAUCGAAGGGUGGACAGGGAAGAGUUGUGAUAGAGGCUCCUGUCUUAACUGUUCAACCAUCCAUGGAAAGUGCGUGAAAGGAUUUUGUGUCUGUGAACUGGGCUGGGAAGGACGAAGCUGUGAAGUGCAAGCCACUUGCUUGGGAGUCAACAACUGUACUAGCCCUAAACACGGGAGUUGUAAAACAACGGACAUUUGCCAGUGUAAUCCUGGUUAUAUAGGUGAUGACUGCGGUAUUGUUCCAACUUGUUACAAUGUAUCAAAUUGUACUGGGAAUGGAAUCUGUGUGGAUUUCGAUGUGUGUAAAUGUACUACAGGAUGGACUGGAACCAACUGCACCCAGUACUCGUGUGAACAAUUGGAUUAUUGCUCAGAACACGGUAGCUGUGUGGACUUUGCAAAAUGCUCCUGUAGUUAUGGCUGGACCGGAGUAAGCUGCGCUCUUCCUGACUGUGAAGCUGUCAAUCAAUGUUCAAAAAACGGAGAGUGCAUCUCUAGCGACAAGUGUCGUUGUCUUCCGGGUUUUGUUGGAGCGGAUUGGGGACAGGUGGCGGACUGUAGUCAUCUUGCAAACUGCAGCGGCCAAGGCGUUUGCGUUUCCACGGAGUUGCUUAAUGUCUCAUGCAGUUGCUACCUUGGUUUCACUGGCGAUAACUGCAGUCAGCCCACUUGCACAACCGUGAACAACUGUUCUGCCCAUGGCGCAUGCGUGGAAGCCGAGUUCUGUAAAUGUGACUCUGGAUACAUUGGAGCUGACUGCAGUAACUUUUCUUGUGAGGCUGUCAACUAUUGCUCCGGAAAUGGAAAAUGUGUUGGCUACGACAUCUGCCUCUGCAACUCCUCCUGGUCGGGUCGAGCAUGCAGCGUUCCUGAUUGCAGUGCUGUAAAAAACUGCUCUGGCCAAGGAGAUUGCAUCCUACCCAACAUUUGUUCGUGUUAUCCAGCGUUUGACGGUGCAUAUUGCGAUCAGAAGGCAAAACCAAACAUCAAUCCUCCAAGAUUUGACAAAAAGUUUUACAGCGCUGCAAUUGUAGAGAAUUCUCCCGUCGGAACAGUGAUUUUACAAGUAAAAGCCAAUGACACAGAUUCGGGUAGAAACGGUCAGAUAUUUUAUACCAUACUGGGUGAUGAUAGCAUUGAAAGUAUUCUCACUGUUGGUGGACAGUCUGGAAAGGUUUACAGCGCACAGACGCUGGAUUUUGAGACAAAUGAAGUGAAAUCUUUCAACGUGACAAUGGUUGCAGCAGAUAACGGAUAUCCCCAGAAAUCUGGAAUCGCCACUGUACAUUUAACAUUGCUGGAUGAAAAUGACAAUUGUCCAACCUUCAUCGAGCCACCAGGAGAUCUAAAACUAGAAUUUUUGGCUCUUAUUCCCGGAGAAACCGUGACCAAAGUUUCUGCAGUUGACUUGGACAGUGGAGUAAACAGCGACAUAACUUACAGCCUAUCGAAAAAUGACGCGUUCUCUAUUCAUACUAAAACGGGUGUGGUCACGGUGGUGUCCGACCUGACGAAGAAAGUUUAUCAUCUCACAGUUAGUGCCAGUGACAACGGGGACGUUUCCUGCACGACAGACACCAGUUUGACAGUUAAAGUCGGGGUCUCUCCGACGACAAAGCCUUUGACCAGAUCUACCAAUCCCUUCACAAACAGAAAAUCUGAAGCCUCGUCAACCCAUAGUACAUUUACGUUGCCUGAGAGUACAACGUUUACAAAAGGGGCUAUUACUUCGAAUGUACCAACGGAGGCAGGAGCAGUUCCCCAGGAAGGUCCAAAUUAUGCAGUUAUUGGUGGUUCUGCUGGUGGAGGAGUACUGCUGCUAUUGAUCGCAGCACUGGUAAUCAGAAAAUGUCUUUGCAAAUCGAGGACAUCUUCAUCAAAACACACGACGGGGAGAUCAAACGCUGGCAUGGAUUUCGAGCUGGCUAGGAGAAUUUGAGAACAUUUUAUAUCUGACAACAAGUUUUUAAAAGAAAGUUCACUAAGAGAUUAUGAUCCUGAGAUAAUUGCUUGGUUAUCCGUUGUAGCAUAUCUUUACCCAUAUACUCAGUGGUAAAGAGAAGCAUUUUUUUUACAAACUUACUAACGGAGUCGAUAGUGUCACUAACCAUGUCAGUCAUCAACACAAACCUUUACUUGUAUACUCUGUAGUAAAGAGAAGCUUUUUUUUACAAGCUUAAUGACGGGGUCGAUAGUGUCAAUAUCUAUAUCAGUCAGUAACACAAACCAUUACCCUUAUACUCUGUGGUAAAGGGAAGCUUUGAUUCAAGCUUACUGACGGAGUUGAAAGUGUAGUUAACCAUAUCAGUCAGUAACAAGCAGAGAAAAAAAGCAUCCCAACGUCAGUGUCACUACGAGACUACACCUCUUACAUAAACCUAGUAUGUCGCGAAAUAUUAUGUACGAUUAUUAGUAGCUCUGGAGGUAGCGGUUACAAUGACAGUAACAGUAGCAGUGGUUGUGGCAGUUGAAAAAGCAUCAUGCUGUAGCAAUAACCGUCAAAAUAACAGUAGCAAGAGGCCUUCAACUAUCUUUUAACUAACCUGACUAUAAGUCUUUAUCUCAGGUACAGAUGAUAACUGAUAACAUUCCUCUAGUUGCCCGUAUGCAUACGUAAAAAAAUAUAGGAUGAAAAAGUCGUUUAAGCGACUGAAAAAAAGAAUUUUACGAGCAAAUAAUAGAUACUAGUAUAAUUGCUUGGUUGGUUUUGAGUGUGAAAUAAGUUUGAGUAAAAUCUCAAAAUCUUUGUAAUUACAAAAUAUUACAAAAGAUAAUUAGUGGUACUGGAAGCAGCAGUGAUAAUAAAAUAGUAGUGGUGGCUGCAGCAAUUGAAAAAGCAGUAUGCUGUAGCGAUAACAGCAGAUAUGAAAGUAGCAGGAGGCCAUAAACUAACUAUCAACUAAACUAACUAUACGUCUAUAUCUCAGUUACAGAUGAUAACUGGUUACAUAUCUCUAGUUUUCCAUCUAGAUACGCAAAAAUGAAUAAAUAAAUAAUUAAAAAACGGCAUUUAAGGGAUUGAAAUAAAAAAAAUUACGAGCAAAUAAUAGACAUGAGUAUAAAUUUUCUGGCUGAUUUUGAUUGUGAAAUAAGUUUGAAUUAAAGCAUUAAUGGUUGUUAA